AGAGGCCCACACACUAUGAAUUUGUUAUAAAAAUGAAGGAGAUUCAUUUUCUAUCUUAAUUGCAAAAGGUCUAGUACUUAAUUUAACAAAAGACCAUGCAAACACAGAAGAAUCUCAUGACGAUAGAACUUUUAAUUUCUUGAGCAUAUGUCCAUGUGAACUUUCUAUAAUUUUUUGUAUCAUAAUUACACUUGGAUGACCAAGUUAAUUAUACCAAAAGAUAAAGGCAUCUAGACUAACAAAUUCAUAUUUGGAGGUAGAACCAAUGUGAUAGCAAUUGUUAUUUCAACCACUACCAUGGUUAUUACCAUGACCACAAUUACCACCACAACCACGAGCUUGGCUACGACUAUCACCACGCUCAUUAUUCUUUAUGAGGUUGCAUUUGCCUUAAGAGUUCGGUUCCCCUUAAGCAAGAUCUUGAGUUCGAGUCUUGCGAAUGGAGAAACAGGCGCUGGGAGAGCUUCUCCUCAAAUGGGGUCCGACGCUGCUCGGUUCUAGAUUAGUUGAGAUCCAAUGUGGUUAUCAAAUACCGGAAGCCUUCAAUCCUUCAUAAAGAUGAUGACAAAGGGAUAUCAAUGCUUUAGCGCAAUCUUGUAAGGACACUUUAUUUCCUUCUACAAUUGUUUUUCCAAUAUUAUUUGCAGCCAAAUGGAUUUUAGCAUCAAGUAUCCAUGGCAAAUAAUUUGAGCCCCUUAUAGUAAAGGUAGCAAAUUCAA